AUGCUUAUUCAGACCGUCCUCCUUACCCUGCUGCCCGCUCUGUCGCUGGCUGCGCCAUCUGCAGAACUUUCGGCCCGACAGGAUGAGUUGAAGACGUGCUGUUUCACCACGAGCAACGGCAACAAGCCUACCUUCAUUACCACCGGCGACGGUGACUUUCUCGACACUCUCAAGUGGUGCUUCUUGAACGUCAAGCGUGACCCUACCGACCCCAACAACUGCUCCAAGGCUUCCGCACACAUCUCGUCGGGUUACUGCAGCUCGGACGAAGUGGCCGAAGUCAUCGAAUGCCCGGCCAAUUAA